UGACAGAAAAGAGACCGCAACUGCAAGGCACCGUACAAGAACUCGCCAGGAAGCAACGUAGCGGAAAAGGCAAAUCCAGGGGCCAAGCCAAGAGAAGCCGCUCGCCCCUGUUGGAUUGUUCCGUUCUUCGAUUCCCUCGCGGAGGUACACUACGCACCCCACCCCACCCAACCCCUGCUCCGAAUCCGCCUCUCCCCUGCUCCCGCGGAAAUUCCGCGUCCAAGUACUCGGAUCUUCUCCUGCCGCUUCCCCCGAUUUUCCUCACAACCCGUUUCGUCUCCUCUCGCGUCCGCCGCCGCCGCGCUGUCUCCUCUCGCGUCCGCCGCCGCCGCCGCGCUGUCUCCUCUCGCGUCCGCCGCCGCCGCGCUCCAGGACCGGAGUCUUCUCUCCUCGGGGAUCGUCGGCGCCCUCUUAUCCGCCGCUCUCUACCGGUGCUGGACUGCCGUGGGGUGGAGAUCGGCUUGAAUCAACUCUUCGUUUAGUUUGUUGGUGGUGCGAAAAUGAGUGACAACCUGAUGGACAAGGUUAGCGCCUUUGGCGAGCGCCUCAAGAUCACCGGGACGGAGGUCAGCAAGAAGAUGACGGCCGGCAUGAGCUCCAUGAGCUUCAAGAUGAAGGAAUUGUUCCAGGGGCAGACUCCGGCCGACAAGAUCGUCGAGGACGCCACUUCUGAGAACCUUGAUGGGCCUGACUGGAACUUGAACUUGGAGAUAUGUGACAUGAUUAACACCGAGAAGGUUAACAAUGUGGAGCUCAUCCGUGGCAUCAAGAAGCGGAUCAUGCUGAAGGAUGCAAGGAUCCAGUACCUCUCCUUGAUCCUGCUCGAGACUAUUGUGAAGAACUGCGAGAAGGCCUUCUCAGAGGUUGCGGCUGAACGGGUUCUUGAUGAGAUGGUUAGGCUGAUUGAUGACCCUCAGACAGUUGUCAAUAACAGGAACAAGGCCCUUAUGCUGAUUGAAGCAUGGGGGGAGUCUGGUGAUGAACUACGCUACCUGCCAGUCUAUGAGGAAACCUACAAGAGCUUGAAAUCAAGAGGAGUGCGGUUUCCUGGACGUGACAAUGAGAGCUUGGCUCCCAUAUUUACUCCCCCACGAUCAGUUGCUGAAGCUGACAUUCAUGCAAACUUGCCCCAGCAGGCUUUUGAAGACGUGCAUGUUCAUACAUAUACUGCCGAAGAAACAAAAGAAGCAUUUGAUGUUGCUCGUAACAGCAUAGAACUUCUUUCAACUGUUCUUUCCUCUUCCCCUGAGCAGGAUGCUUUGCAGGAUGACUUAACAGCCACUCUUGUGCAACAAUGCUACCAAUCUCAGCACACUAUCCAGAGAAUCGUUGAGACAGUUGGUGACAAUGAAGCUGUGCUCUUUGAGGCCUUGAGUGUGAAUGAUGAGAUCCAGAAAGUGCUAUCCAAAUAUGAAGAGAUGAAGCAACCCAUGGCCUCGGAGCAAGCAGAACAGCGUCCAGUGGUCAUACCGAUUGCCACAGAACACGAGGAUUCCACUGCUGCUGGCACUGAAGAUGCCCUGGUCAGAAAACCAGCUGCUGCUAGGGCAAGGUCAGGUGGAGAUGACGAUAUCCUUGAUGAUCUCGAUGAGAUGAUAUUUGGCAAGAAGGGGGGUAGCAGUUCGCAUGAAGCGCCCAAAAAGCCGGAUCCGAAGAAAGAUGACCUGAUCAGCUUUUAAGGACCUUCCCGUAAUCGCACCUCGAACUUGCUAUUUUAUGGUGCUGUACUCAGUUGGUAGAAGAUUGCAGAUUCUGUAGGAUUUGGAUCGCUUGUUUAUUCUGAUACGAUCAUACCUGCCCCUUUUCUCAGUUUGUCCAGUUGUUAAGUUGCUGCACUCUCUCAAUCAUCUGUUCUGGUUUGGCUAAUCGAGCAGGUCUGGAACAUAGUGUUGUUUAUCACUGGUCUCUCUAUAUAUGCCACUAUGCCAGCGAUGUGAA